AUGAGCAAGAGAAUCACAGCAGUGAGAAAGUCCCAACUCAUCACAACCACUCCCACCUCACUACAACCACUCCCACCUCACCACGACUACUCCCACCUCAUCACAACCACUCCCACCUCAUCACAACCACUCCCACCUCACUACAACCACUCCCACCUCACCACGACUACUCCCACCUCAUCACAACCACUCCAACCUCACCUCAAGCACUCCCACCUCAUCACAACCACUCCCACCUCAGCACGACCACUCCCACCUCACCACGACUACUCCCACCUCAUCACAACCACUCCAACCUCACCUCAAGCACUCCCACCUCAUCACAACCACUCCCACCUCACUACAACCACUCCCACCUCACCACGACUACUCCCACCUCAGCACGACCACUCCCACCUCACCACGACUACUCCCACCUCACCACAACCACUCCCACCUCAUCACAACCACUCCCACCUUACCACAACCACUCCCACCUCACCACAACCACUCCCACCUCACCACGACUACUCCCACCUCACCACGACCACACCCACCUCACCACGACUACUCCCACCUCACCUCAAGCACCCACCUCACCACGACUACUCCAACCUCAUCACGACCACUCCCACCUCACCACAAGCACUCCCACCUCACCUCAAGCACUCCCACCUCAUCACAACCACUCCCACCUCACUACAACCACUCCCACCUCUGUCCUCCACCUCAGCCCGACCCUCCCACCUCUCACCACAACCACUCCCACCUCAUCACAACCACUCCCACCUUACCACAACCACUCCCACCUCACCACAACCACUCCCACCUCACCACGACUACUCCCACCUCAGCACGACCACUCCCACCUCACCACGACUACUCCCACCUCACCUCAAGCACCCACCUCACCACGACUACUCCAACCUCAUCACGACCACUCCCACCUCACCACAAGCACUCCCACCUCACCUCAAGCACUCCCACCUUACCACAACCACUCCCACCUCAUCACAACCACUCCCACCUCACCACGACCACUCCCACCUCAUCACGACCACUCCCACCUCAUCACAACCACUCCCACCUCAGCACGACCACUCCCACCUCACUCCAACCACUUCCACCUCAGCACGACCACUCCCACCUCAUCACAACCCCUCCCACCUCAGUACGACCACUCCCUCCUCACUCCAACCACUUCCACCUCAGCACGACCACUCCCACCUCAUCACAACCACUCCCACCUCAGCACGACCACUCCCUCCUCACUCCAACCACUUCCACCUCAGCACGACCACUCCCACCUCACUCCAACCACUUCCACCUCAGCACGACCACUCCCACCUCACUACAACCACUUCCACCUCACACGACCACUCCCACCUCACUACGACCACUCCCACCUCAUCACAACCAAUCCCACCUCAUCACAACCCCUCCCACCUCACCACGACCACUCCCACCUCACCACGACCACUCCCACCUAAUCACGAACACUCCCACCUCACUACAACCACUCCCACCUCAUCACUACACCUCCAACCUCAGCACGACCACUCCCACCUCAUCACAACCACUCCCACCUCAGCACGACCACUCCCACCUCACCACGACCACUCCCACCUCACCAAAACCACUCCCACCUCAUCACAACCACUCCCACCUCAGCACGACCACUCCCACCUCACCACGACCACUCCCACCUCACCAAAACCACUCCCACCUCACCACGACCACUCCCACCUCACCACGACCACUCCCACCUCAGCACGACCACUCCCACCUCACCAAAACCACUCCCACCUCACCACGACCACUCCCACCUCAGCACGACCACUCCCACCUCACCACAACCACUCCCACCUCAUCACAACCACUCUCACCUCAUCACAACCACUCCCACCUCACCACGACCACUCCCACCUCAUCAUGACCACUCCCACCUCAUCACAACCACUCCCACCUCAGCACGACCACUCCCACCUCACUACAACCACUUCCACCUCAUCACGACCACUCCCACCUCAUCACAACCCCUCCCACCUCACCACAACCACUCCCACCUCACUACAACCACUUCCACCUCAGCACGACCACUCCCACCUCACUACAACCACUUCCACCUCAUCACAACCACUCCCACCUUACCACAACCACUCCCACCUCAUCACAACCACUCCCACCUCACCACGACCACUCCCACCUCACCACGACCACUCCCACCUCAUCACGACCACUCCCACCUCAUCACAACCACUCCCACCUCAGCACGACCACUCCCACCUCACUACGACCACUCCCACCUCAUCACAACCACUCCCACCUCAUCACAACCCCUCCCACCUCACCACGACCACUCCCACCUCACCACGACCACUCCCACCUAAUCACGAACACUUCCACCUCACUACAACCACUCCUACCUCAUCACAACCACUCCCACCUCAGCACGACCACUCCCACCUCACCACGACCACUCCCACCUCACCAAAACCACUCCCACCUCAUCACAACCACUCCCACCUCAGCACGACCACUCCCACCUCACCACGACCACUCCCAUCUCACAAAAACCACUCCCACCUCACCACAACCACUCCCACCUCACCACGACCACUCCCACCUCAGCACGACCACUCCCACCUCACCACAACCACUCCCACCUCAUCACAACCACUCCCACCUCAGCAAGACCACUCCCACCUCAGCACGACCACUCCCACCUCAGCACGACCACUUCCACCUCACCACCACCACUCCCACCUCAUCACGACCACUCCCACCUCAUCACAACCACUCCCACCUCACCACCACCACUCCCACCUCACCACCACCACUCCCACCUCAUCACGACUACUCCCACCUCAUCACGACCACUCCCACCUCACCACGACCACUCCCACCUCAGCACGACCACUCCCACCUCACCACCACCACUCUCACCUCAGCACAACCACUCCCACCUCAGCACGACUACUCCCACCUCAGCACAACCACUCCCACCUCAGCACGACUACUCCCACCUCAGCACGACCACUCACACCUCACCUCAAGCACUCAAACCUCAUCAGGCCACUCCCACCUCACCACGACCCCGCCUACCUCACCACAACCACUCCCACCUCACCACAACCACUCUGGCCUCAUGACAUGUCAGAUUUUAAUUCUGGCCGCCAGAAGCUUCGCCAGAUGCAGCAAUCUCUCGCAAUUCUAACCAGUUUUUAA